AUGCACAAGCCAUUUAAGAACCCAGCAGACUGGAUGUACCGGCGCUGUGCGAGGAGAGGACGCAGCUUUUCUGUGGUACUUGAACCAGGUCCCACCUGGUACGAUCCUCUCCUGUUUGGACCCGGGGUCAAUUCUAGGAGGGAGCCAGCCAGAACCGCUGGUCCCAUCCCUUUGUCUGCCAUCCCGGAGGGUCUCACCGUGGGAGUUCUGGCGCUGGAGGACCCAGCGAUCACCACUCCAGUUCCUGCCAGCUCUGUCCAGCCCCCUGACCUUCGUGGUAAGCGUGAGAGGAGGGUUUCGUGGGAGUCGCCGUCCGAGGGGUCCUCUUCGGAGCCUGCUGCUCCCACCACUGUCCUCACCUCACCUGCCACAUCAUCUGCGCCACGUCCGCGCAAGAAGAGGAGGAGGAGAGCGGCCCCUGUCACGAUCCCCGUCUCGUCUCCGCUGCCGGACGCAGCGCCCCCUGUCUCGUCACCGCUGCCUGCCGCAGCGCACACUGUCUUGGUUCCUGUCAUGUCUCCGCUGCCUGCCGCAGCGCCCACUGUCUUGGUUCCUGUCUCGUCUCCGCUGCCGGACGCAGCGCCCCCUGUCACUGUCUCGUCUCCGCUGCCGGACGCAGCGCCCCCUGUCUCUAUUCCUGUCUCGUCUCCGCUGCCGGACGCAGCGCCCCCUGUCUCACCGGCUCCAUCUGUUGCUUUCUCCCCUGCACAGUCAUCCAGUUUGUCUGCCUGUUCCCCUGUUACUGUCUCCAUGUCCUCCCUGAACUCUCUCCCCCACCCAGUGAGUCCUGGCUCGCCCCCGUCUGCUCCCUUGUCUACCCCUACCACGUCCUGGAACCCUGCCUUGCCUCCUUUUGUUCCCCUUUCCCAGCCUGCAUCCAUAACCAAGCCUGCUCCCUCCAAGAUCCCCACCAAGCCUGCCCGGACUCCUCGUCCUAAGCCCUCCACUACCCCUGAACCCAAGACCCCUUGCCCACCCAGCUCCACCCUACCUGGACUUCCUCACCUGAACACUGUUUUGCCUCCGCCCCCCCUCCCUUGUUUGUUGUUUUUAUUAUGUCACCCCAACCCCUUUGUAGUGUAUUCUUGUCUGCCCCUAUGUAUAUUUGUCAUGUUUUCUUGGUGUAUGUCUAUCUGUCAGUCUGUCUUGUCCUGUGUCUAGUGUUCCCCUGGGGAGCGUCUGGAAGCCGCUCCUUUAGGGGGGGAUUCUGUCAUGGUUCUGCCAUCUUGUCCUUUGUUUAAUCUUGUCUUGUGGCAGAAUCAUGACAGACCCAUGUUUUGUGUGGGUUCACGUGGUCUUAGUAUUGAUUUACUGGACCACGUGUUCCC